AUGUCCGGCCUUGAUCCACAUGCACCCUCUCAACCAAGCCAACAGGCCGGUCUGAACCAACGCCAAAAUCCAGCUUCGAAGACCUCCCAAGAACAAACCGCGGCACAUGACAAUUCAUCUAUCCAGUCAAAGACCGUCGACCACCGUUCUAACCACGAUGUCCCUUCAGAACACGGUGAAGCGGCGAAACCAGGCGCCUUGGGUUCUGGCGAGCAAGGUCCUCUCACAGAAAAACGAAUUCCCCAGUCCGAUGCGCAAAACUACUCCGAAGGUGACAGCAAUUUAGAAGGCGAGCAAAUGCGGAUGCCAGGCGAAGGCGACGUCGCGAGAGCGGUGCGAACAGGUGGUGGCGGGGGACAUGGUGAGGAAGAGAGUCUGACACAGAACAUGGACAAGAAAGCAGCCGAUCAUGAGCGGGAGUUACACAAACGGGGAGAGCGGACUGGGAAGGAGAUUGAGGAAGAAGAACAGGAAGAUUGGACUGGGAAGAAAGCAGAUAUCGCCAGCGCUCUGGGCCAGGGAAGAGAGGGCCGUGACGAGGCCAGUCGACCGGCUGUGGUUUUGGCUGCGGAGGAGUGA